AUGAGGGAGGGAAAAUAUGUCAAGGAAUUUGAGGAAGCAGAAAAAACAAUGAAUAAGCUCGCCGACGAGGAACGCGUGAAAACCCACCGCGAGGCUAAGGAAACUAAGAAGAGAAUGGAAGAAAAGAGCCUCGAAGUGGUGCAAUAUAUCAUGGCUAAACAAAGCUUGGAGAGCAAUAAAGAAACGAAUGAGGUCAAAAAAAGUCUCCUUCAACCUUCAGGUAGCUCAACAGGGAGCACGCGAAACCCAUCCAAUGGUGGCGAUGGAAAUGCUACGCAGACAAGGCCACGGACAAGGAAGGCUAACGAGGAACUUGAUUUCCCCACAAAAGCAUGGCGCAAUUCCCCCAAACCACAGGAUUUCUUCGACAACCUUUUACCCGCGGCAGAUAGAGGUCCUAGAAAGACACGAAGAGAAGGAUCGAGAGACAGAUCGGCUCCCCAGACAGAUUCUAAGUCUUCAGCAUCUGCAUCCAAAGAGAGUGAGCCCAAAAGAAAUAGUGGCAAGAAUCGCAGAGCAAGUCCUCAUACCGACAUGGAACGAAAUAUGGGUAAAAGAGGGUAA